AUGAUGGUCCACUGCGCGGGGUGCGACAGGCCCAUCCUGGACCGGUUCCUGCUUAACGUGUUGGACCGAGCCUGGCACGCCAAAUGCGUCCAGUGCUGCGAGUGCAACUGUAAUCUGACAGAGAAGUGCUUCUCCCGGGAUGGGAAGCUCUAUUGUAAAAUUGACUUUUUCAGGUAAGGAUUCAGAUUGGGGAUUCAGGCGAAAAGCAGGGCUUGCCAAAAACUCAGUAAGGACAAUUAUAAGCAUCCUGCUUCUCAAGAUUGUCAUUCUGGAUUUUGUUUUUUUGUUUUUUGUUCGUCAAUGGAUUUGUUUCAAAUCAAAUGCUGAAAUGGAUUUCAUGUCACAAUGCUCAAAAUAGCUUUCGUUUUAGCGUCACACAUAAUUAACCGGAUAUUAUUUUGUAGGCCUACACAUUGUUUUGUGGAAAUGGAUAUGGUUUACCAAGGCCUAUUUCACAGGAUGUAUUUCACCUAUAGGCGAGAUAGCAUACAUAUAAGUUACUUGAAUUGUUUAAGAAUGUCACUUCAAAAUAAUAAUAUUUCUAUCCUAUAGGCUACAGAAGUAAUAUUGCAGCAAUGGCACUUUGGCAUCUUGGCAUUCAGUGUCACAUUGGUUUUGCAACAAAAAAUAAUAGAAUUAUUAGGCCUAUAAAUUAAUCAUAGUUAUAGAUUCACUUUGAAUAUCACAACAAUAUUUAGCAUUUUGACAGAACUAUAUAAUAAUUGCCUAAUAUGUCCACUUUAUCACUCUUUGUCUUCACGAAGUGUGUUUUUUUAAAGAAACAAAGUGUGUUUUCUGACAAUACGAAGCAUUAACUUAAUUAAUAAUUGUUAUUAUGACACCAAUAAUAUCACUUGUAUUUAUAAAUCCAUAUUAUGGAGUUGAAUAUUCUUAAUAUUAUGUGGGCUUGAAUAUUCACUCUUCGCUUAAUCCAUUCAUGGCGACAUGGCAGUUUAAAUCUAUUUCUGAAUCAGCUACAUUUUCCUCACACCCGUUCUCUCUGUUUUCACUUUUGUUUGUUCCAAUAGAUUUUAAAACCUCUCCAUUAGGCCUACACUAGCCGCUCAGUUCUUCAAAGUGUUCCAUGUAAUUAAGUGAUAAGUAUAGGCCCUUGUCUGUGUCCGCGCACACUCAUAGCAUCAUACCAAUUAUUUAUGUGUCAGCUUUUUCCCCUCUCCCCAAACAAAUUGUUUAAUGACAUGUAAGGCCCAGUGUUUAAGCCUUUGUGAUGGCAUUGUUGCCCCCAAACGACCUUGACCAUCAUAUUAGCCAUCUCCCAUCAAGCCGUGGAUUUAAAUGGUCCUACCAUUAGCCAGGCGAAACAGUAAUCACCCUAAUGUGGCCAUUUGUUGUGUAAGUAGAGCAGUGCCGGGGGAGGCUGGGCCCGGGCCGUGCAUGUGAAAGGAUACAGUGGAGCGAUACCAUUGCAAAUGGAUCUUGAGAGAGAGAGAGAGAGAGAGAGAGAGAGCGAGAGCGAGAGAGAGAGAGAAGAGAGCGAGAGAGAGAGAUAGAGCGGAGAAGAGAGAGAGAGAGGAGAGAGAGAAGCGAGAGGAGAGAGAGCGACAGAGAGAGAGAGAGAGAGAGAGAGAGGUCGAGAGCGAGCGAGUAGGAGAGGAGAGAGAGAAGAUAGAGAGAGAGGAGAGAAAGAGAGAUUCCUUAGACUACAUUAGUGUUCAAAUAAAGGGGGCUUGCCUGAACCGCUCGUUCAGUCGUACCCUCAUGCAACCGCUCACCCCCCCCACCCCCCCCCCCCCCCCACACACACACACCCCUCUCCAAUACUCGUAUUAUAAUUGAAAUAUUUUCAAUUCAUGCUUUUUUAUUUGUCCUGGAGGCGACGCCAUGUUGAUGAGAGAGAUUACCAAAUCAGCAUGAGAGGCGCAUGACGAGGUUUCUGGCUCGUGAUGAGGUGGAUUAGGCCUAUUUAUUUCACAUCCGAGAGAGAAACACAAAAUAAAGCUUCCCAUUCCCCAUCACUUUAUCUAGGCCUUCAGUAGCAAACAUUUUCUUCCAAUGCAACACAAGCAUUUCCAACCGAUUUAUCGAGUUAUCCCUGGAAAUGUUGAGACUUUGAAUUAUGCUAUUGUAUUCAUCUGUCUAUCUAAAUAAUAAAAGUCUAUUCACCAAGGUUUUUGCAUGUGAAGAGGGUGAAUGUGGAUUAACAGGAGAUUUGCACGGUAAAAUGUUCUAUUCGGUUUAAUCCUCGGAUAUCUCCGUGGUCACAAUGUGUUGACUGUCACUAGUGCGUUAUCAUGGGUUUAUUAAUAUAACAACUCCAUCAAAAAUGUGAAAAUUAAGGUUUUUCUCUUCAACGUUGAAAAUCUGUCUGUCGCACAUUGUAGGCUAUUUUGUAUCAAGUAGGAUGUUAGAUUUGAACGAAAAUUAUUUCGAAAUAGACUACCUUUCCUUCAAUGAUGGCAAAUAUGUAAUAGCCUGCAAUAAAACAAAUAUAUUAAAUAUGUUAUUUAUUAUUUAUCAAGAUUAUGGUUAUUUUUGCUAUUAUUGUUAUUAUUAGGCCUAUUAUUAUUAUUAUUAUUAUUAUUAAAGGCUAUCUGUAGUCAUUGUUGUAACAGGCCUUUUAUCUUGUUAUGUAAAAUCUCUUUACGACAGAUUUUGUCAGAUUUCGUGGUUGCAAUUUUAAAUUCAAGCUACUCGCAAAAACAUUUGCAUUGCCCACAGUUACAUAAUUCACUAUAGGCUUAUAAUUUUCGUUUCUUUAAUAAGACUCACGUUAGUUGGGCGCCCUCUACUUAUUUCCUUAAGUUAAAACUGUCAAAUUUCCCCCUCAAAUUCAGAAUGUUGUUUUUUAUUUCAGUCUCAGCGUGAUUUUACAUCAACAUCCAUGUUGUCUCUGUCCUCUCGCUUUCUUUUCAGGAGGUUUGGGACGAAGUGCGCAGGAUGCCUCCAAGGCAUCUCUCCCAGCGAUCUGGUGCGCAAGGCGCGCAGCAAGGUGUUCCAUCUCAACUGCUUCACGUGCAUGGUGUGCAACAAGCAGCUGUCCACGGGCGAGGAACUCUACAUCAUCGACGAAAAUAAAUUUGUGUGUAAAGAAGACUACCUGAGCUCAGGGGCGAUCAAGGAAGUAAACUUGAAUUCAGGUAAUUAUGGUUAAAGGCCCAGUGCACUCAAAAACGUGAUUUUCCUGUGUUCCACACUAUGAGGUAGGAAUAUUGUGUAAUAGUGUAAAUGAUAAUAAUGCCCAUUUAGUGGAAGAGCUGUUUGAAAAUAAAUUUCAGCCUGUUUUGGUGGGAUGGAGUUUUGGCCUGCCUGGUGAUAUCACCAGGUGGUAAAUUAGUUAAUAGAGGAAUAAGAACGAGAGUUCCAAACCUCUCUGACAAUAACAGCUAUUUUUCCAUUUUCUCCUCCCCACUCAGACCACUCUCAGACAGUCCUAUCAGAAUUCUUGCUUGAGAAGAAUAGCUAAGAAUCUAUUUUUGUUUCUUUUUUACCAUUUUAAUUUAAAACAAUCACAGUAAGGUACCUAAUUGUGACCCAGAAAUUAUUUGAUAUUGAGAUAAAACGGCUGCAUUGGACCUUUAAGGGUUUUAAUAGUAAGUCUUCUUAUAUUACCGCAUGGAUACAAACAUAUAAAUGUUCUGUUGGACUUGGAAAAUGUCUAUAGGCCUAGGGAUGUCUGAAUAUAAGGGAGCUUUAUCUUUAUUGAUUUACUGAUUGUUUCAACGUGGGAUCCCACGUUACCAUACACUGGUACACAUCCAAUCAAAUCAAAACCAUAGACUGCUUAUGGUGGAGAAUUAAACGACUUGUUCAUGAUAUGAAAUGCCGCUACUGCAUGGUUGUAUUUGUUGGCAUCCUAAAAUAGGAUAGGCCUAUAUCACAUCUUUACAUAUCCUUUGCAAACUAAAAUGCAUGAAUUCGAAAACCUAUUAUGUUACUCUGCAUCUUAAAAAAAACAAUAUCCAGAGGCAUAACCUAUAUAGCCACCGGCCGCCGUGGCCGUAUUCAGUCCUAUACGCCUCUGUCAGGAAAUUCAGAACCAUGGACAGGGUGCGUGUCUGAGCGUUAGCUCCGGCUCUGCAUGAUUUGGGGUAGGCUGUCGCCUGCGUCCAAUCUCACCGCUGUUGAAGUAGUCUUAUUUAUGGAUACGAAUUUUUGAUUCUAUUCUAUUUGAUUCUAUUCUGUACUUUCCUAUUUUAGCUGCAGUGUCGUAUAGCGCCUAACGUCACAUUGUCAAACAUGGGAAAGGGGGAUACCUAGUCAGUUGUACAACUGACUGUAUUAAACUGAAAUGUGUCUUCCGCAUUUAACCCAACCCCUCUGAAUCAGAGAGGUGCGGGGAGCUGCCUUAAUCGACAUCCACGUCAUCGGCUCCCGGGGAACAGUGGGUUAACUGCCUUGCUCAGGGGCAGAACUACAGAUUUUUACCUUGUCAGCUCGGGGAUUCAAUCCAGCAACUUUUCGGUUACUGGACCAACGCUCCUACCCGCCAGGCUACCUGCCGCCCCAUGUGUAGGCCUAUAUGGACAAUUCGUCUGCAAGUAACUUCUCCUCUAAUUAACUCUAAACAUAUAUCUCUAAAAUGUAAUUAAUCAAUGGCGUUGUUAUUGAUAAGAAAUAACGCUACAUUUUAGUGUGUUUGGAACCUUUGAUAGGCCUAAGUCAACAACAACAACUUUCAGAAAAGCGUAUUGUGUUCGAGGAGUUGUUAGGCUCCCAUCACUGGCACUAGAUUUUGUCUUUAGAUCAACAAGGUGACGAAUAACAUUUGUAUCAUCGAAAGACGUGACAUUGAUUUUGACCCCUCGUUGCGUGUCUGUUGCUUCAAAUAUGAACAACAUAUGACUACUGACAUCAUUGCUGGCUCAAUGGCCCGCAUAUAGAGCAUGUGUAGCCUAGUGUUUGAUGAUGUUCCCCAACAAAGCAUAUCCGCGUCGCUGAAUGCAUCUGACCAUAUAGCUAAGGCUUAUCAAUGCUAUAAUUUCCUGUUUGAUAAAUUGCUCAAACAGCCAUCCCCUAGGACAAUGGCAUGCUGUUAUCUUGCGACGCAGCGGGUCCUUGGGGAUCCCUUUUUUGUUUCACAUUACAUGUAUAAUUUAUAUUUCCAUAUCUCGAUCUGCUUCAGGUCACACGCGGGCAGGGUUGAGUUGAGUUGGUUAAACCUAUUUUAUUUGUGACUAGAUUUAAACGGCUAAAUCCAGGCAUUUAGACUGUUUCAUAUUGACUUACAUUGGAAAAGUGUAUUUUUUAUAAAAGGCACUGAAAGGGCUUCCAUAGGCUAUUUGUAUUUUGUGGGGCGUCAUUGUUUCACGUAUUCUGAUUUAUUUGUGAUUGGACAGGCUACAGCAAAAAUCUAGCAGUACACAGAAGACCUCAUGAUAUCUCCGAUUGAGACCUUUCCAUUCUCUCUCGUUCCCCAGUGUCAUCAUGCACAGACAGAAGUUUAUCGCCGGACCUCCAGGACCCGAUGCAGGACGACACAAAAGAGACGGACAAUUCCACGUGCUCAGAUAAGGACACGAACAAUAACGAGAAUGAGGAGCAGAGUUCGGGUACGAAGCGGCGAGGUCCGCGAACCACCAUCAAAGCCAAGCAGCUGGAGACGCUGAAGGCUGCCUUCGUGGCCACGCCGAAACCCACCCGACACAUCCGGGAACAGUUGGCCCAGGAGACGGGACUCAACAUGCGGGUUAUACAGGUAGAAGAGUAG